AUGCGUGAGGUUCGGGCCGCCAGCGCGUACCAGGGUGCUGAAUCCCGGCUGCCUUUCCCAGACUUUCCCAAAGCGGGUCCGAGUGCUUCUCCGCUAGCAUUGCUCUCCAGGUCCUUGGGGCUCCCUUUGACUCCUUGCUGGAAUGCUGCCACAAAGGCAGACUUGCUUCAGGCCCUGCAGAGAACUGCUGCUCAGUGGCCUUAUGGCCCAUUCCAAGCGCUGCUGGUGCCACAAGUCAGCUCGGCGCCCCCUGGGACAGAUGAACUGCGUUUAGGUGACCCCUCCACUAUCACGUUCUUAGAGCCGCUCUUUGCAGAUCAGCCAGGGCCUCCCCCACAGCCGUCCUGGCCGCGUCCCCGCGUCUCGGAGGGGCUGCGAGAGGCUGCUGGGACGUGCGUGGCGGGGUGCCAUGAGCGGGGCCUCUGCGCUGACCCGGGCCGGCUGCGCGGCUGCUUGGGCGGAGGCCGCCCUUCCUGCGCCCCUUGGGCUGCCUCCGCGUGGGGGAACCGGGAGCUUCUCUGUGGUGACCGACGUCCUUCCGCAGGCUGGAGCUUGCCCCUGGUGGGCCACGACUACCUGGAGAUCCUCUCUGCCUGGUACUGCAGCUUCGGCAGGUGCUGCGACACGGGAGACUGCAGGGUGCUCAACAACGUCACGGGGCUUGAAUUGGACCUCAACGGGCAGCUCCAUGGGCAGCACUUGGCCAGAGAAGUUGUUAUCCGGGCGGUGCGAGGGUUUCUGCAGAGCCCGCGGCCGGAGAAGGCGCUGGUCCUGUCCUUCCAUGGCUGGUCUGGCACGGGCAAGAACUUUGUGGCCCGGAUGGUGGCUGGUCACCUGUAUCGGGACGGGCUGAGGAGUGAAUGCGUCAGGAUGUUCAUCUCACUCUUCCACUUCCCCCACCACCAGCACGUGGACUCAUACAAGGUCCAGCUGGAGAAGCAAAUCAGCGAGACCACACAACUCUGCAGGCAGUCCCUGUUCAUCUUUGAUGAAGCAGAGAAACUUCAUUUCGGCCUUCUGGAUGCUAUCAAACCCUUCAUGGCUCACUAUAACAACAAGGGCCAAGCAGGCAACUGGAGAUCCAUCUUCCUCUUCCUCAGCAACAUUGGCGGCAACACCAUUAACGAGGUGGCCUUGGACUUCUGGCGAGCCGGGCGGCUGCGGGAGGAGAUCCCCAUGGAGCUCCUGGAGCAGCGGUGGCUGCAGCCUGCAGACAGCCUUGACGAGGUGGCCAAGAUGAUGGUGUUUGUCCCCGAAGAGGAGCAACUGUUCUCAGCACAGGGCUGCAAAUCUGUAUCUCAGCGCAUCAAUUACUUCCUUCCCUGAACACCAGGUGGGACUUUGCCGGUGGGGAAGGU